AGAACCGAGAAGAUGGUGGUGCAGGUCUUCAUCUUUGGGCUGAUGUCCUUCAUCUACACAGACGCACGCGCGGAAUCGACCGUGGUGCUCGCCGCGUCCGGUUCUCGGGCAGUUCUUCCCUGCGACUGUCAUGAAGCUUUUCAUGUGGAGUGGAGAGAAAACAAUCGCACGGUGUGGCGGGAAGAGAGGAGCGGUCUCCAGUACCUGACAGCUCGCUGGUUCCGAGACAGCCGGGUUCACUGCUCCUUCUCUCGGUUCCGAGGCGGAGACUGCAGCCUGCACAUCCGUGACGUGAGGAAAGACGACGGCGGAGUUUACAGCUGUGAAGCACGAGGACGAGCGAGGCCUGUGACGCGCACCGUGAUGCUCCAUGUAGUGACAGCAAUCCGAAAACCUCAUCAACAAACUCUGGCGUCUCCAGUCUCCUUCCCCCCAGGAAGUCCCGUCAAAGGGAAGUUCCCGUUACCUGGCUGCAGUGUGAGUCCUCCCCUGAGGGGCGCGACGGUCCAGUGGAGGCAUAACAACGUCCCUCUCCCGGGUCGCCUCAGGUCAGUGGAGGAUGUGACCGGGAACUGGACCUGUGUCGUCAGACACAUGGGCAAAGAAGGUCGCGCAUCGUCGUCUCUGAUGGUCAGAGGAAUCGUGCAGCCGCCCAGAAACGACGUGAAGUUCUACACUUCUGUGGGCGCAGCGGUGACGCUGCCCUGUGUCCUGACCGCUGGUUCGAUUCCCUCUGCCGCGGUUUGGCAGAGGUUUCCGAACGGUUCAGUCUCGUCUUCCUUCAACGCCUCGACGUCGCAGCCCGGCUGGGACAGGUCCAUCAGCGCCGCUCAGGUUCUGUACGAGGACGCGGGCCGGUUCACGUGCUCCGUGACGCUGCAGAACUGGACUCUCACCAGAAAACUCCAGCUGGUCGUCGCCAGAAUCGACGUCAGCGUGGAGUCGGAGGACAAGCAGACGCUGACCUGCCGGCUGACUGACCCCAGUGAGGUCACCGAGUACCAGUGGGUGGUCAGUAACCAGUCAACCCAGGGCGGGCCCACUAUCACCACCACCAGAGGGCGCUCUGGAGACAUCACCUGUCGCUUCUACGGCAGACACGGGCUGCUGGGAACGGUGACGCGCCACGCCCACGAGAGAGACCAACUGAGAGGAGCACAACCGCAGGCUGGAAGCGGUGCCGGCGCCCCAGCCGCGGCGGCUCUCUGCUUGCUGCUCCUGACUCUGGCUCUGCUGCUGCUGGCUGUGGGGCGCAGGAACCAUCACAGGAGCAGAGCUGUGCUCCAGUUUCCCGCGCUGGAGACCAUCCUUCACUCCCGGGCAGGUGAGCUCAGACCAUCCGGAGCACCACGGAAAAAAACUGCACCGGCAAGCUGAGUCCCCAAACAGAAAC